GAGAGAGAGAGAGAGAGAGAGAGAGAGCGAAAAAAAAAAAAAAAAAAAAAUUAAAUUGGGAUGUUGCGCCAAGUGACUGCUCGAUGGUCGGGGCUCGGGCUGCUACUGGUGGGGCUCCUGGCAUUGGAGGCGCGUGGGGAUGCAGUCAAGGUGAAGCUGACGGGGGCAGGGAACGAGGUCUUGGUAGACUGCGGGCUGCAGGAGACACGCUGGGGUCGAGUGGCCGUCCAAAACGUGCCCUUGAUCGUUGUCACGCCGGAGCUGGCGUGUCCUGAUCCCAGCUCAAAUCAAACCCACAUCCAGAAUGGAGAUCAGCUUGCCGGCAACGUCGCACUUGUCAAGAGAGGCAACUGUACAUUCUCUGACAAGGUUCUGGCACUAACCCCCUAUGCCCCUGCCGCCAUCCUCAUUGUCUCAACUCCAGAUAGCGAUGUGACCCUCCCCGUCGCCGCCCAGGAUACAGACUAUGAUGGCGUCAAUUGCAGCGUGAUCAUGGUGUCAGACCGCCUGGACGUAGCGCCAAACCGUUCAACCUGGCUCCGAGUGCACGUUGAUCCCCAGCACCAAGGCAAACUAGAUGGGAGUGCCUUUGUAUUCUUGCUGAUGGCUAUUUUUGUUCUUGUGUCGGCCAGCCUCUGGUCCUCGCACGCCGACCGGGUCAAAUGGCUCUACCAACCGCUGGUGAACCAGACCGAUGAGGCCGAGACCAUGGCUGAAGAAGCCAAAGAAGAUGACGUCGUCGUCUUCACCUGGCGCUUCAUCCUCUACCUGGUGUAUCUCGUCUAUGUGAUUAUGAUAUUCUUCGUCAUUGGUAGCACCUCGGCCAGCUCAGCUCUUCUGCGAGCCUGGUGGCCUUGGUCGACGGGCUCCACCCAACAAUCCAUCCUGUGCACCAAAUGGGGUUUCGUGCUCACCGUCUACGACUGCCUCACUGCACUUCCUGGAUUAUGCAUGGGUGUGACAUGGUUUUGCAUCCGCCACGAGCCCAAUGCCUGGGUGCUGCAAGACAUUUUGGGCAUGUGCUUACUGAUCAAUGCCCUCAACGUCUUGCGCGUGGCGACUUACCAGAGCAUAUGUCUAUUGCUGACAAUCUUUCCCAUCUACGACGUCUUCUUCGUGUUUAUCACGCCUUUGAUCACCAAAAGCCACGAUUCGGUCAUGGUCAAGGCUGCCACGGGCGGCAGUGGCAGCACUGAGCGUAUGCCUCUGGUUCUCACGUUGCCGCGUUUUGAAAGCGACUAUUGCUAUCGGGGUUUGGGUGUCCUGGGGUUUGGUGACAUUUUGCUUCCGGGUCUUGCCGUCGUGUAUGCCAUCAACUGGGAUUGCCUUCGCCUCAAGUAUCGAGGUGUUGUGCCAAGCUCGCGUGGGCUAGGCGCUCUGCGUCACUUGCAUUACUUUUGGACUGCCCUGGCUGCCUACAUCACUGGUCUUGGCUUGACAUUUGCGGCCAUGGCGGCCAUGAACACGGCCCAGCCAGCGCUUCUCUAUCUUGGUCCUAGCAUGCUGGUGGCACUGACACUGUGUGGUCACGUGCAUGGAGAACUGGGCUACUUUUGGCGCGGUGGUUUCCACGGUCCCAGUGCUGACGAUGACGAGAGCAAGUCUGGGCUUGACCGUGACACGGACAGCGACAGUGAUAGCACUCUGCUUGAUCUGGAUCAAGCAUCGGAGAACUAGAGAUUCAGGCCGGCAUGGCGUGGGAUUAGCUAUUGAGGGUUUCCUUCGUUUCACGUCGAAUUGCCGGCGCCAUAGAUCAAGAAACGGUUAUUUGUGUCUUGUCUCACCUUGCCUUGUUUGACUGUUGAGUGUGUGAUGUGCGUGGCGGUGAGGCUGCCUGAGGAUACGCAACGCGUAACUCUAGGCAUGGUCGCCAUUUAAAGCCGUGUUUUAACAAUCUACUUUUCUGAGUACAUUGAUGCAGGCAAGUUGAGUCAAAGCCUUCAGCUUCAAAACACAUGUCAAAGUAAAGGAGGGCGGUGGUGGUAGACGGCCGAGCCAAAUGAAUUGACACAAUGAU